AUGAUAAAGUUGGCAGCUUGGAAUGUUAGGGGAUUAAAUGCCCUUAUUAAACGAAAGGAGGUACGUGAUUUCAUUUCUCUCAAACAUCUUUCUUUAUGUUGCAUCAUAGAGUCCAAAGUUGUUUACAAUCACUUGGGGGAUGUGUGUAGUAGUGUUUUUGGUAAUUGGAAUUGGAUUUCRAAUGGUUCGGUCAGUGAUCAAGGCACUCGCCUAAUUAUUGCUUGGGACCCGUUGGUUUUAUCUGUCCUUAUGAUUGAGCAGCAUUAUCAAUAUGUUCAUUGUGAAGUUCGAAUUCUUGGGMAAAYUGAACCCCUUUUUAUCWCUUUUGUUUAUGGWUGUAAUAYGGGUACUGAACGGCGUGAACUUUGGCGGGCUUUUGGGGAAUUUCAUGCCUUCUGUCAGAGGAAAGCAUGGAUUGCUAUGGGUGACUUUAAUUCGAUGCUUUUCCCUCAUGAUGGGUUGGGGGGUUCCUCCAGGAGGAAUUCUGACAUGGAGGAAUUUCAUAUCUGUCUGGAGGAGGCUGAAUUAUUUGAUAUUUCAUUUGGGGAUGCUUCGGCUUUCUUUGAACCUAGGGGGAUUUCUGACCAUUCUCCGGGCAUUCUUUCUUUCCGUGUUGGAAGACGUAUUCGUCAGCGUGGUUUUAAGUUUGACAAUUUUGUGACCUCUCAUAAGGACUUCCUUGCUUCGGUGGAGGAGGUAUGGUCGAAGCCUCAGAUUGGAUCUUACAUGAAGCGGGUUCUAAGGAAAUUAAAAGAUCUUAAGGUGGUUUGUCGGCGUCUCCGCAAUUCGUAUGGAUGUUUGGAUAAAAGGGUUGUUCAACUAAAGACUGAACUUGAUGUUGCGCAAUUGGCUUGUGAUCUUGACCCGUUUAAUGAUUUGCUAAAGGAGGACAUCGCUCAUCUCUUAUUAGCUUAUCAAGAAGCUAGGAGUCAUCAGGUGGAAUUGGCUCGACAAAAAGMRAAAAUAUCUUGGCUAAAUGAAGGGGAURGWAAUUCUAAAUUCUUCUUUCAUGCUAUGAAAGAAAAGCGCAAUCGGAACCAUAUAGCCAUGAUCAGGGACUCGGAUGGUGUAAUCUUUGAGCAUCAGGAGGUCUCAACGGCUUUCAUUUCUCACUUUAAAGGGAUUCUUGGAGACAUUAAUUCGGUGGAGAUUAUUAAACGUGGUUUACAAUUGUUUGAAAAACGAUCGGGCUUAGCGCCAAGUCUGGAGAAGAGUGAAGUGUUCUUCGGGAAUGUGUCAAUGGAGGAUCAGUGCCGUAUUCGUGAAAGUUUAUCUUUUCGGCCAGGGGUGUUCCCUAUUCGCUACUUAGGCAUCCCUUUUUCUCCGGUUCGUCUAAAGGUACGUGAUUCUAAUCCCCUUGUGUUAAAGAUUAAAUCUCAUUUGUUAAAUUGGAAGAACAAAUUCCUCUCUUAUGGAGGGCGUCGUCAACUCAUUAUCUCUGUUCUCCAAUCGAUGCAAACGUUUUGGAUGUCGGUAUUCCUUGUACCGGCAGCUACGAUUCAUGAAAUUGAGAAGCUUUUUCGUAAUUUUUUAUGGAGUAAAGCGGAGGGACAGAGGGGUAAAUGUCGUGUUGCUUGGGAUUCUAUUUGCUUGCCUGUUCAGACGGGGGACUUGGUUUGA